UAGAAGUUGGUCCGUGCGGUAAACAUUGUAUUCAAGAUGGAGACCGCCAGUAAAAUGAGCCUAGCAGCUCUACAACAACAAGAUCCGUACAUCAACAAACUCCUCGAUGUUACCGGACAGGUAGCACUGUACACCUUUAAUUCCAAAGCAAAUGAAUGGGAAAAGACCGAAAUUGAAGGCACCUUAUUUGUUUAUGCCAGGUGUGCAUCCCCUCAUCAUGGCUUCACCAUCAUGAAUCGCCUGAGCACAGAGAAUCUGGUGGAGCCCAUCAACAAAGACCUUGAGUUUCAGCUCCAAGACCCCUUCCUGCUGUACAGGAAUGCUAACUUGGGCAUAUACAGCAUCUGGUUUUACGAUAAGAAGGACUGCCAGCGCAUCGCUCAGCUCAUGGUGAAGAUUGUGAAGCAGGAAGCCUUGCAGACCCACCGGGGCUCCCCAGAGAGGGCUGACGUCCCUGGGAGGACCAAUGGCUGCUCCAUUGACAUCCUGGAGCUCCUCAGCAAGGCCAAGGAUGAGUUCCACAGGACUCAGGCGGGGGAAACGGAGAUGUCCGUUACUGCUGAGCAGAGGGUGAACACCGAGACGCUGAAAUCAGCCGGCGACACUACAGAGCACGCUCACAGCGUCUCACAGCCAGAACAGAGCUCCCACUCUGGCCAGAGGCAGAUCACUGUGGAGGAGCUGUUUGGAAGUUCUCUACCGAAGGAGGCCAGCCUGCUGCCAGCCAUGCCCACCCAGAGUUCCACAGACCCUGCUGCCACGGCCCCCGUCAGCUUCCUCCAGGCCCAGAGCUACGCUCCACCCAUCCCCUUCCAGCCCUUACUGACCCCCUGCCUCACAGCAGACCCAGGGGGAAACAACCGGCACGUCACCCCUGGUCUGAUCUCCCUUAUGGAGGCCAGAGGGGGCCCUGGUCCAGGCUACGCCCUCUACCCCGUGUUCCCCGGUGGACCUUCAGGGGACCCCCAACCCCAGCACUCUGUGUCCCCGCUGUUGGUGACGCCAUCUGGGGUUGAGGCUUGCGGUCCUCCCCCUGGCCCUCUGUCGGCCUACUUGGGGAAGGAACCGGCCUACCUGAAACCCAGCCCCUCUGAUCUCCACAAACCCGCCCUCGCACCUAGCGUCUUGCCCAGCCCGCUGGCCACACCCCAGAGCUUCAGAGAGCCAAUCACCAAGCCCGCUGCCCUCGGCAGCAUGCCCACAGGCCGUGUGCAGCUGCAGAGUAAAGAAAUGGAUGUGUUCGCUCAAUCUCAGAAACUGUCAAAAACCCAGCCAGCUGUCCCUAUGAAGGCGGGUCUUGUGGUACCGGGGGCGGGCACUUCACUUACGGGGGCAAAGCACUCCAUUCUGCUCUCACCAAGCGCCUUUCAGCAUUCUGUUGCCAAGACAACGGAACUGCAGAGGAAAGCUGCCCCUCCCUCCCCUCCGCCCGCAGCCACAGGGGUGGUGGAGCUCCCCCAACCCUCCUACAACAAGAUCCAGUUACAAGACACACUCAUCAACCUCAUCAAGAAUGACCCAGCGUUUCUCAGUGCCAUCCAUGAGGCCUACCUCCACAGUCUUUCCAAGGACCUGAGCCACGUCAAGCUAUAGUCUCAGUCCAAACCUGAGGCUGGUCCUGGACACGCCUGGACAGGGGCACCAGCCAACCUAACCUACAGGUACUGGACCACUGGGGGUUACUGCUGGCCAUGUGCAGAGACACAAACACUCCUAACUUGAGGCUCUGUACCUCUGGAGCAGCUAUGGGACUGCAGGAGGAGGACAGGACUCGAAUGUAGGAGGCUCACAUGGUUCUCCUACCAUGUGUGGAGGAGAAGGUGAAUGGGGAGAUGUUACACGUCACAGUAGUGUCAAAUCAAGUACGCACUCUAAGAAAUAUUGUUGAUUAGAAAUAAACCCCUGGGGAAGGAUGAUUAGGGUAAACCAUAAACCCUCAUAUGUCUUGGGAAAGAGCCUCCGGCCCUCUCUGGUGGGGUCAGUGCUUAGGGACUUGCUGUGCAAGCCAAACUUCAUUCAACUCCAGGUCCACUUCCUUGUUCUUCCUCAGUACAGCUGGGAUUCUACACACAUGCUCUCUAUCGUACCCCCUCUCUCUUUCUCAAUCUCUCUUGAUCCUUUUUUCUGUCAUUCCCUCACCCCAUUCAUGACCACCAGCCUCUGUCACUAUGCCUGUUGAGGGAUGUGUGCAAUAGAUUGCAAUGCCUUUUGGGAGAUUAUAGUUUUUUUAUAUAACCAGGCUUUAGUGUGUAUUUCCCAAGGGUUUAGACAGAGAAUUGUUGUAUUCAUUUAGGCCCUAUUAUGUGGGGUGAGGCAGUAAAAGCUACUGCAAGACUGUACCUGAGCUAACUGCAUUCAUCAAAAGCAUAAUCUUGUUUAAUAAGGUUGAUGUCCGCGCCCCCGUGGAAAUCCAAUUGAAUUUUAAAAAACCAUAGAAAUCAGUCAGUUUAAGCUAGAGAUCCACUGCAUCGGCCUAGAUCGCACUUCCGCGUCUGGUGAAUGGUGACAGAGAUAGAGCGGUGUUUGUCAGAUCAUGAGACAUCCCGAAAAUCGGUCUUCUCACAAAAUGGUCUGCAGUGUCCGAACAGUGACCCCUCUAUGAAGGAAGGAUUCUCUCACCAACACCAUAGUGUUCUCCGUUUUGCCCGCCACACGUGUCAGGAGACUUGUCUGAAGUCGGUACAGAUGAUCUGCCAACUUCUGUCUGUAGCGUCCCAACAGUUUGGGCUACACACUAAUAUGACCCCUCUAUGCAAAGGUGAGACUGUCACGAACAUAUACAGUACCAGUCAAAGAUUUGGACACACCUACUUAUUCAAGGAUUUUUCUUUAUUUUUAC